CUCCAGAAGUUUCAGCAGAAGGCUGUGAAGCCAACUAAGCAGAAGAAAUCCACGUCGGCUGAAUUUCUGAUGGUUAAAGAACACACAGACGUGAAAGAAGGUGCCGGGAAUCCAGGUUUUAACAUGAGCAGCUCAGAGCUCUCAGCCCAUCAGACUCCCAAAGAGAAAGUUAUUAGACAUGACAUGCUGGAUCACACCCUUGCAGCUCAUCAACAAAAACCCAGGCCGCCAGUCUCAGCAGGAUCCAAAGGAAAUGAAUACAGCAGAAAUUACUUUGACCCACUGAUGGAGGAGGAAAUAAACUCAAGGCAGUGCCGGAUGGAGGUCAGCAGACAGGAUGGAAGGACGAAGGAAGAGACACUGGAUCCGGAAUCCCUCAGCUACACCAGUAAGAGCCAGGAUACUCACGAAGAGGCUGAGGGAGCAACCUCUACAUACACUGAAGAGUCUGAGAGGCAAGCUCAGAUAGGCAUCAUUCUGCUUGCAGACUCUCCAUCAGGACAGGACUCAAAAUUUGAAAGAAAAGGACUCAGCCAGAACAUCCCCGUGUCAUGUUUAAAGAAGGGAAAACCAUUUGAAAAGGCUCCAAGUCAGCUGUGCACUGCAGGUGGGAAUCCUUACACAAAGGGCAGUGUCCUGGAGCAGCGCUCAUUUCCAGAAGCAACUAAAGCAUCCCAAAGAGCAGAAGGCACUGGCUGCAAGGGUAAGCAGUCUCGGUUGCCUUGCCUACAAAUACAGAUCAGAUGUAUCAGGGGCCUCAAGGACAAGGUUCCCCAAGGCUCCUACCUUCUCAGAGUGUCUCUGCUCAAUCAGCUGGGAAGCCCUGUCUCACAAUGGUGUCAAACUGAGCAGCUGAAGACAAGAACACGUCCAGUUCGCCAUGGUGGCAACUUUUAUGAUGUGGGGCUGUAUUUCCAUGAAAGCCUUUCCGUGGUACUUCCUCAAAGGAAAUCCAUGAGACCUGGCUUGUCUUUUUUGUUUGAACUCUUCCUUCUCCGUGGAACAUGUGCUUACGGUGACCUGGUCGUGGGCUGGGCAGCGUUUCCCAUGUGUAAUAACAACUUCCAUUUAGUGGAGGGGAAAUUCAAGUGUCCCCUUCUCCGAGGAAAUUAUGACCAGAAACUGGACACCUUCAGAAAAAUUGAAGAUUGGAUUUGCCAAGAUUUGAACCAGUGGCUGUGCAAUCUGUAUUUUAAGGUAAUUAAAACUCCUUUGCAUUUGGAUGAUCAAAAAAGCCAUGAGAGCCGCAGGCAGCUUUCUCCUGAACAUCCUGUGUGCUUAAUGGCAGAAGCAGAGAACACAGAAUUUGAUUUGGAUAAUACAGCUGGCCUUUCCAAGAAAGAAGCCCUGAGAAACACUGAUGCUGCGGUGGACAGCGCCAUCCACUCUGCUCAGGGGAGCAUUUCUUAUAAAAUUGAUCCUUGCCCUAGGGACUGUGACCUCAGCCUCUUCCAAGAAGUCCAUGACUUACAUGCUAAGGAUGAUCAUUCUGUGAAGGAAAGAUCUACUGUAUGGAGACUUGGAGAUCCUGAAGAUUAUUCAGGGAAUACAUCUUACUUAGAGGAAUUGGAGAAACAUCGACUUUCAGUUUGCUGCUCUUCCAUGAUAUACGGCUGUGGAGCCGGAGAGUUAACCAAGCACCUCCACUUUGCAUCAGUGUCCUUGUUUGCAGAACUUGAAUUAGCCCAAUGGCAGAGCCAGGGCUUCUGGUACCUCCUUCUGCUGAUGGCUUCUCUCUGGUUCCUGAGGCUCUACCUACAUUACCUGGGCCAGUGGCUUUUCCUCUGGGCCCUUUCAACUCCAGUUACAAAAUUCCAGUUUUAUUCCUACACUGUUGAGCUCUGCUACCCGACUUCUUCACUUAACAUUGGAGAAGAGCUGGCUGUGAUUGCGUUGGGGCCUUUGGCUCUGAACACAAUAACAUUCCCCUUGCUUCUGAUCAGAUGGGGCUGUCAGCUCCUGUUUUCCUACCGCCCAGAUGCCUUGUCAAAGCUAAUCAUCACGAUGGGACUAUGGACAGUUCUAGACCCAUUGGCGGUGUUUAUAGUGGAUACUUUCCUGGGGCGCCUUGCACAUAAUGGGGACACUGCCAUUGCAGAUGCAGCUAAACUCUACUGGAUGUUUGUGAGAACCCAGCACUCAGCCAUCCUUGGUAUCGUGAUCACAGUGGUACUUUACACUCUGCUAUUUGUCAUCUCUGCCUUGAUUUUGUACUUGUAUUGCCUCAGGUUACACAAUGACUCUUGGAUACUAGAUGCAUUUCAGAGAAUCCACAGUGAUGAAGCCAAGUUCUUCAUACCGUAUGAUUUGGAAAUUUCCAAUCAGGAGUUGAGUGACAUCGUAAAAAGGUCCGAGCGGUGGAGAGGGAUCAAUGGUGAGAGAAGGAAGGUGGCAGUGCACGAUUACUUGUGCAAAAGCAAUAACACCAAGUCUAGUGUCUCCAGCUGUGACCCCCACCAUCAGGAUGAAAUUUCUGCAUCUUCAGUUGGUCCAGGAGGGGUUACUUCCCACAUGUCCAUAUCCACUAUUUAUCCCAGUGGGUUUCAAGAAUUGUAUCGUCAUUUUCUCAGGCUCCCAGAUGGCGCCAUCAUUGAGGUGUUUGGUGACAUCAGCACCUUGAAGUUUGUCCCCAGCAAUGUGAUCACAGCUAUUGAGGAGCACAUAAGGGAAAUGGACACUGUGCAGAGAGAAACCUUUGCUACUAACCAAGAGAAAUGA